ACGGCGGAGGCCAGGUCUACGAGGGCACCACCAUCCCUGCCGAGCAGCCCCCCGGGGAAGGGCACCCUCUUGGGCGGCUGCACCACCGCCCGCCUCGGCCCUUGGCGACUCCUCCUCAAGGCUGCCCAGCUGGGGCUGUCCUUCCUAGCCUUCGUCCUUGAAGAAGUUGUGACGGAGUGCACCCGAUGCAGUGGGCUUUACUUCUUCGAGUUUGUCAGCUGCAGUGCCUUCCUCUUGUGCAUCCCAAUCCUUGUCAUAUAUUGCACUUCUUUAUAUGAGAAGACAGGAAAGGAAAAAUUAGAGCAAUUGGACUUUUGGGUCACUUUAAUAGUAGGAUUAAUUUUCCUACUUGCUUCCAUUGUGUUUUCUGCUACCAGUGACAAAACAGCCGUUGAAACGGUUGCUCUUAUAUUUGGAUACCUUGCAAGUUUCGCCUUUCUUGUGGAUGCUGGCCUUAUGUUUCGUAAGAAGCGGAAAACAAGACAAGAGAGGCAACCAGAAAACACAGCCAACACGAUAAAUGCAACAGAGAACCAACCUCUGAAUAACCAGCAAGCCUAAACUCUAAACCACAGCAGCUGCUUCUUGUUGGAUGUUAAGUGAUGUGGAAAAGAGCCUUUUAAGGUGUCAGAUUGCUACAUUUUAUUUGUUUUUGUUUUGUUUUUUAAAAUUCACUCUCCUCAUGCCUGAUCUUUGCACAGUUUCUGUUCCUGUACAAUUCCUAAAUUGUGGUUUUCACCUAUCCACCCCCAGGAGAACACUGGAUUUGUAUAGUGGCACCCAUUCAACUUUGUAUAUGUUAAUAUACCAGAAAUAAAUAGGAUGCAAUAUGUUACAAAAGGAAGGAAUCCUGAAAUGAGCUUCUGUAGUCCUGAGAUAAAUUUAGAGAACAUGUGUACAGGCAAAGAAAGAAAGAAAGAAAGAAAGAAAGAAAGAAAGAAAGAAAUAGUAGCUGUCUACAGUGGUACCAGUUGAGAAUAAAACUAGCUUAAUAAUGAAUGAGAGAUGUUUGGAAUGAAAGGGAGGCAUUUCUCCAGAUUUACUGUGAGAGAGCCUUUUUGCACACAUCUCUACCACAUAGGAUUAGAAAAUAGAGAAAACCAUCUGUGAUGGUAUGAUCUAUGCAGCUUCCCCAUGCACACCAUGUUUUUGUUUCAUUUUGUUUAAAAAGGCUGAUUUGGACACAAAUUGGUUCCUCCCCCCUUAUGUUACUCCAGUCAUCUCCCUGACCACAAACAUAGGCCCAAUACAGACAGGCCAAAAUGAAACUGCUUCAGGUCACUUUGGAGGUAUGCUGUUUAAAUGAUGCAUGCAUCCUAAGAGUACAGAAGCCAUGCCAAAGCCAUGACUCAGUCUUAAGGAUUGGAGCGCAGCUUUGCCACAGCUUUGAUCCGAAGCAGCUUUAUUUUGGCAGUCUGUAUGGGGCCAUAGAUAAACUUGUAAGGGUUUGCUGUUAGUCUUUUCAGCAACAAACUUUUAAAGAUAUAAGUGGAACCUUCAACCAAAAGUUGCUGUGCGAGGGGUUCCUUGUUCAGGAAUCCAGCCAAUCUAUUCCCUUCCCUCUGCCCCCCCCCCAACACUUCUAUAACCACUAAGCGUGUUCAUUCUCUUGCUAGGGAUGUUCCUAAAAUGUUUUUUAUAUUUCUGUAUACUGUGCAGAUACUGCUCCAUUGUGCAUGGACAUUUUGCUACAUGAGGACUUGGAAAACUGAGAUCAUUAUAAAUAUAUAUUAGGAGUAGGGAAUCUUUGGCCCUUCAGUUGUUUCAUCCUAAAAUUCCCACCAGUAUAGCCAAUUAUAUGAUAUUAUGGGAGUUGUUUGUCCAAAGCAUUGGGUGGUUCAGAAGCUUUCAGCCUUGAUAGAUAUGUUUAUUUAGGAUAGAUACAAUAGAUAAUUAUUUAGGAUAGAUACAAUAGAAUAUUCUGUCUCUUAAUAUUUUGUAAAUUGGCCAACUAGAUAAAACUUCCUUUGAUUCAUUAAAAUUCUAGUUGGAAUGAUUAUAUACAAUGAAAUCUGCAUUGCCAUAAUUUGGGGCCCUGAAAAUAUAUAUGAAAAAGCAGUCUUUUCCCCCUCUCUAAUCUUGCUUUGUAAAAAGUUUUAAAUUA